AUGUUAAUUAAGGUUGAAUCUUCUGAAUUUAGGUUCCCUGGGGAUGAGGACCGGACGAAGUGGUCAUCUCCAUUCACCUUCGCCUUGAUUGCAGAUCCUCAGCUGGGGUUAUUCAAGAACAACAAUUCUUGGAGUGAAGAGCUGCAACAAGCCAAGGAAUGCAUGGAAGCAGCAGCAGCUCAUGAGCCCCAACCUGCGUUCAUCUUCGUCUUAGGUGACCUUGUGCAUGCACCCGUGCCUGCGCACAACACAGGCUCCAAUGCAGCUGCAAUUCGAACCGUCCGCGACGAGCAGGCGAGGGACCUCAAGGAGGCCUUAGACAAACCCAGCAAAGAAGUACCUGUGUUGGUCAUUCCUGGUAACCACGAUGUGGGGGAGCGCCCAACUUUGGCUUCAAUAGAAGACUACGAAAAUAUUUGGGGGAAAGCAAACUUCAGCUUCUGGUUUGGAGGUGUUAAAUUCGUAGCGGCCAACUCCUCUCUCUUCUAUAACGACAGCGCUUCCCCACAAGCAGCAGAGGUAAUCUAA